AUGCCUCCUAAGAAAGCUUCCACUGGCGCGACCAAGAAGGCUGCCGCGAGCCACGCCUCCUACCGUGAUAUGAUCAAGGAUGCUAUCCUGAAUCUCAAAGAGCGUAAUGGUAGCAGUCGCCAGUCUAUCAAGAAAUAUGUACUGGCCAACAACAAAAUUGCUUUCGCCAGUCAGGCCGCUUUUGACAGCCAGUUCAACAAGGCUAUCAAGGCCGGUGUUGAGAAGGGAGAGUUCACUCAGCCCAAGGGUCCUUCCGGCCCUGUGAAGCUUGCCAAGAAGGAGCCUGCUGCUAAACCAGCUGCCAAGAAGGCCACUACUACUCCAAAGGCUGCUGCCCCCAAGAAGGCUGCCGCUAAGAAGACGGAGAAGGCCGAGAAGCCUGCUGCCAAAGCUACCACCAAAAAGGCCGGCACCACCACCAAGAAAGCUACUGGAAGACCCAAGGCCAACACCGCCAAACCUCGCAAGGCCUCGACCGCGGCCCCUGCUGUGGUCGACCAACCCAAGGUUCUCUCCACGACCAAGUCAGGCCGAGUGACCAAGACGACAGCGAAGCCCGCUGAGAAGGCCACCAAGAGGAAGGCCACAACGGCCAAGAAGGCCGAGAAGAGCGAGGCAUAA